UGUUGUGUAAUGGCAAAAAGUAUGAGUUGAGAAAUCCUGCCCCGGCCACAAGCUUUAAGGCUGCAGUCCCAUACCAGCACCUGGGAGUAAGCCCCAUUACUUGACUUAGGCAGGCCACCGUCAGCCUCAGCCCUCUAUCUGCACUGUGUGGAAUAUAAUCUUUACAACAACCCUGUAAGGGGAAGUGCACAGUUGGAAAGCAUGGACGUCUGGUGUUGAGGAUUUGAAACCAGGCUGUGAUAAAAGAAGAUUGUACAACCAUGGCUAAAGGGAAUGAACCACUGCUUAACUCAACCUUGCCGCCACCUUUCUUAAUAGACUCUUCUCACAUUGGCCUGAUCACAACAUACACAAUGGUGUUUAUUGCAGGUGUAUGUGGAGUCAUCAAAAUGUCAUUCUUGCUAGUGAGAAUGAAUACAUUAUCAGUGACCACAACAGCAGUCAUAAACCUGGUGGUGAUUCACAGUUUCUUCCUUGUGACUGUGCCAUUUCGGCUGUAUUACUACGCCACAGACAAAUGGACCUUUGGAUUGCCCUUCUGUAAAUUUGUGAGCGGAAUGAUACACUUCCACAUGUACCUCACCUUUCUAUUCUAUAUGAUUUUCUUGGUAAUCAGGUGCCUUAUUUUCUUUCAGUGGAAGGAUAAGGUGGAAUUCUAUAGGAAUUUGCAUGCAGUGGCAACUAGUACAGCUGUGUGGAUUCUGGCUUUUGUUAUUGUGGCGCCAAUAGUGUGGUGUACGUAUGGGACAACUGGAACUUAUGGAAACAACACAUGUUUUAGAUUUCACCAGGAGCUUGAGAGAGCCCCAGUGAAAGUCUUGAACUACGUUUUAAUCACUGUAAUGGUUUCUAUAACUUGCACCCUUUUGGGCUUACAAGUUUUCAUGCUUCUAAAAGUGGUUAAAAAGCUUUCGGGAACUGUUUGGUCACAUCAAGAAUUCUGGGCACAGCUGAAAAGCUUCUUCUUUGUAUGGGUCAUCAUGUUUUGUUUCCUUCCUCAUCACUUUUUUCGGAUUUACUUUAUUGAGCAUGUGAAUGACCAGCAAUUGGAUACCGUCAAUGAGAUCUUCCUGAGCAUAACUGCAAUCAGUUGUCUUGACUUGUUUUCCUUUGUGAUAAGUGGAAGCAACAUCUUGAGGCAAAGAAUCAGUGCCCUUUCAUGCUGUUAAAGCUUGUGUUCUUAGGUAAGAAAAUCUACAUAGCAACAAGGUCAGCUGUGUGGGUGUACGAUAGAUGAUUUUAAAGAUUUUCACAAUAAAAAUGUAGACAUUAUGGAUUGUAUGAAAUGGCUGCGGAAGUAGAAGGUAGCUUGAAUACCUAAUCUUUCCCUCUACUCAUGCUCCCUGCAGCCCCCCAGGAACCCUGAAAAGUCUCUCCAGAGGGUCAGGGAGUCCUUGAACAGUGUGACAUAGAAUUGCCAUGUGAGAGGGAAAUUACUCAAAACAAGGGAGUGCAGUCUUGCAUGGAGUGCAGCUCCACUGGCGCAAGAUCUCUCUGCUUGAGUUUGGGUGAUUUCCUCUGUGUACUGCAGUUCUGUAUGACAAAGUCCACAUUGUUCAGGACAUGCACACACACCAACCCUCUAGAGAGGUUUUGGAGGGAUACAGGAGGAUGCAGGGGGCAAAAGGGAGAGGGAAAGAUUGGUUCCAGAACUAUCUUCCAGUUGUGCAACCAUUAGAUAUAAAACCUUAUAAAGUCUUAUCUUUUUACACCCUGAGAGAAACUAUGGAGUAAAACUCUAAAAGUGUAUCUGACUACAUUCCAUGGAUCUUGCACAGCAGUUAUGACAACUUCAUCACAGCAAGAGAUUUUUGUACCUUCCCUAAAUUAGAGGAAGUAAU